UCUGGAUCGCAGACUGACUCUCUGGAUCACAGAUUGACUACAAUCGACGAUUUAUGUUUGACCAAUGGACAUUGUUGCAUAUGAUGAACAGUCAUUGAGCUCUCAGAAAUUGAUUGGAUAUUUGGCCAUGUUGGGAUCAGAAAGACACGAGUAAGAAAUGCUUAUCUUGGAGGAAUUGCUUUGUUUUUGAUAAACAACAGAGCGUUACAUUGAAGUGAAUGUUUGAUGUGUCACAGAAUGACCCUAUCACAGACGAGUUGUGUGCUGACCUCGGCUGUAGGAAUUAUCAUGUGUGUCAGUUGUGUGUCAAGGGGGACUAUAUAUACUCUGUCAAUUAUCAUGUGUGUGACUGGGAUGACCUUGUGUGUCAGUUGUGUGCCAAGGGGGACUACUCUGUCAUUCUCCCUGGUGGUAAACAGUACACAGGUUAGUGGCGAUCUUGACCAUUUCUGGCGAAGCACUGGGUUCUGUCCUCCGGCGCCUCACCAAUCAGCUGACAAGUUUGAUUUAAGUCACGAUAUGAGGCUAAAUUUAGCUCUGGUUGCCUCCGUGCCUAAUAAGGGGAUGAAGCAGGUGAGAAUUCACUGGUUGUUUGACCUUGUGAAAGUAGUAGGAUUUCAGAGAAGAGGAUAUGCUGGAAAACCAGUGAAGGACUCCAGGGGAAGUAACUCUGUUAUUGAACACCCCAAGGGAGAUAAUCCUGUGUAUGAUUUCUCAAUGCUGGAUAAACUGCUGUUGAUUUUGUUUCAAAAUAAUUUAAAACCAGGAUUUGAACUGAUGGGGUCACCUUCAAACUUUUUCACUGAUUUUGAAAACCACACUCAAGUUGUUUUAUGGAAGAAUUUAGUAUUUCAAACAGCAGAACGAUAUAUACAAAUGUUUGGCAUUUCUUAUGUUAAAAGUUGGAAUUUUGAGACUUGGAAUGAGCCAGAUUGCGGUGAUUUUGAUAAUAUUUCCAUGUCUGUGCAGGGAUAUUUGAAUUACUAUGAUGCUUGUUCUGAAGGCCUGCUUGCAGCAAGCUCUGAACUAGUGUUAGGCGGACCGGGCGAUGGAUGUGACCGCAAGGGUCGUACUAAAUACUCUGAUGGAUUCCUUGACCAUAUUGUCCGCGGCCGAAAUUAUUUCACAGGUGAGGUGGGAGUGAGAUUAAAUUUCCUGUCCUACCAUAGAAAAGGAAACAGGCAAACAAACAAUAUAAUCAAUGGGGAAAUUAAAACUGUAGCAAAAAUAAGGAAGAAUUAUCCGUCUCUGGCCAGGAAGCCAUUUUAUAAUGAUGAAGGCGAUCCUCUUGUUGGAUGGAGUAGGCCGGAAGUUUGGAGAGCUGAUGCUACCUACGCUGCCAUGGUAACAAAGGUCAUAGGUCAGCACCAAAAUAUUGUUUUGAGAGGGGGAGCUCAGCGGGAACAGAUGUUUAACUUUUCACUUCUGAGUAAUGACAAUGGCUUCCUAAGCUGGUAUCCAUUCCAGUUUACACAGCGAACAUUAAAUGCAAGAUUUCAGAUCAACAAUACCCACCCACCACAUACACAGUUCCUACGGAAACCUGUCCACUCCGCCAUGGUGCUUCUCUCUCUCCUUGGCAACCACCAACUUCAUGUUAAUUUCUCUGAAAGCAUUCUGGGAGGAAAGCAUGUUAAAAAUGACAGUUUUGUUGGUGUGAUCGCAUCGUGUCAUCGCCCCGAAUCGACGGACGACAGGGAUAGUAGACAGAUUACUGUUGUUCUGUAUAACAGUGAUGAUACACGGUCGUCGGCUAAUCAGACCGUUUCAAUUUCUGUUCGGGUCAUUGGGAACAUAUUUGAUUUAGAUGAGACAAUGAUAGUAGGAUAUACUGUAGAUAAUGCUAUUAAAACAGGGAAUGUAUAUCUGAUGUGGAGUCAGUUUGGUAAACCUAAAUACCCCAGUCCCCAACAGUUCCUAGUGCUGCGACAACAUGAAGGACCGCAUCGUUUCUUGUUGACGAAAUAUAAUUCAGCUGUCAUGCCAUUGGAAUCAAUAGACAUCUCCUUACCACAACCUUCUGUAAAAGUUUUACAUAUCUGUGCAAAGCCGCGGGAGUCACCAGGACAAGUCACCUCCGUAAUUUUAUAUAAUAUAACUUCAGGACAAGUGCUGAUUAGCUGGGCUGACACUCAUGUGACCACAAAAUGUAUUUUAACAUAUGAAGUGGAGUUUUCACAUCGGAACUUGUAUGGCCCUUACAUUCGCGUGAAUAAUUAUGACGUUAUAGUGACUGCUUUUGUCUUUGCGCCGUCACUAUCAUUCGAGGAUCAGUGUGUGAUGGGAUAUUAUCGUGUACGAGCUGUUGAUUACUGGCAGCGAGGGGGAAAAUAUUCCAUCCCUGUCAAGUAUCCUAGUUGAUAUCAGAUACUGAAUUCAAAGAUUGUUUUUGGAUUGGUUUAAAUUUGCAGUUAAAUAUCUUGAGUUGUUCUUGGAUUGGAUUGGGAAGAGCACUUAUUAAUUGCAGAAAAUUCAUUCUGAUAAAGAGGGACAGGUUUGGUAUGGAAGAACGGUCAAUCCAAGCAUCUACGUAACUCAGCAAACCCACUGUUUUUCCAGUAUAUAUAUAGGACUCAGCUUAAUAUUUUUGCUAUAAUUUACCAUAUCCCCUCCUGGGGGAAUUCCUGACUUUUUUCACCAGUAGUCUUACUUUACUCUAUUUUUUUUUAACCCACCAUUGUCAGAUGGUGGACUAUUCAAAUCGCCCUGCGUCUGUGGUCCGUGGUCUAUCCGUGGUCCGUCCAUGGUCUGUCUGUCUGGCCGUCCCUCCGUAAACAGUUCUUGUUAUCAUUAUUCCUCAGAAAUUCUAAAAGAAUCUUUCUCAAUUUCACAUUUAGGUUCUGUUUGGUCCCUAGUUAUGCAUAUUGCAUUUUGGGACCAAUCAGAAAACAACAUGGCUGACUGGCGGCCAUCUUGUACUUUGCCAAUUGCAGGUUGCUCCUGCUAUAUUAUAUCAAGUUGUUAAAUGUUUUGAAAGAAGAGUGAAAGAAAGGAAAACAAGAGAAAAGACCAGUCUUUCAUUUGACUGAUAUAGAUCAUUCAAUGGUGAUCACGAGUGCCAAGAUCCCUCAGGGAUCUCUUGUUAGUAGCAAUAGGAAUGUACAUUUUUGUUUUUCAUGUCUUAAGACAUAACUCUUUAUUCACUUAUAUAGGGAGUAGUGUAUCUAUUCUUCACGUUAAUUACUUAAGAAAAUAGCUACAAGCCUCAGAAAUAUAUUUUCGUUAGGGACCUGGUCCAAGAGAAACAACAGCUGACUGCCAAUUGGCUGAUUUAGUUUUGUGAGUCCUUAUAGUCUAGUAGUGAGAAUUAUAUGCCGAUCAAAACAUCUCUCAGACGGGAUAAAAGAUGGCUGUAUUAUGAUUACUUUGCUUACAACUUAUCACAACAAUAUGUUAUUAUUAUGUUGGAAAGUCAACCUACUGUAAAGAAAUAAAAAUGUUUUGUCACGCUACAAUAUUACUGGUCACGAUGUUAGUUUUAAUACGCGUACGUUAGAUGUAGCUUUACUGUAUUUAAAUGGUUUUAGGUUUCGUAACUUUGUGUAAUUCAGUGGAAAUGGGAUUUUUGAGUUUAUCGGAUUGUAAACAUGAACACAAGUAAACAGGUGUAAACAAAAACAUCACCUGGUAGGCUCAGGGAAUUUCUCAAGGUGUUAUAUAAACUUCUUUAUUGACUCGUGUCCAUUUUGUUCUGUUGACUUAAUUGUGUCCAUUAUGUAAGUCCAGCAGUAUAUUUGUGUAGAUUGGAUAAAGUAUUGAUAAUCUGUUAAUACUUCAUAUUGACUGACUAUUGGAUAUAUAUUAACUUAUUACCAUGUUUGAGACCCUUUGCUCCAUCUCUACCACAUUCCCAAUUUUAUCCAGAAGAGAUUGGUGCUCUUGAUAAGUUGAUUGAAGUCCAUAAUUAAUAAUCAAUAAUAAAGUAUUGUUCAACUUCAAACUCAUAUCAAUAUUGAAUUGUUUUCUAAUCAGAAUGACUUUAUUGUUGGUCAGAGAGUGUACAAAUAUUGAGCUGUAAGGCCUUUUAAUGGGACUCUUUGUGUGAUUAUGAUCGUCAAGAGUACGUGAAAUUGUUUAUUUGAUAAUCAAUAGCUCAACUCAGCUGAUCAGAAAUCAUGUAAUAUAGCCUAACUCUUAUUGACUUACUGACAUGUAUUCUAUGGUAAAUGUUUGCAUCUUUUUGAGAAAUAUUAAUGUGUAUCAAUUUUUUUUUGUUUCUUGAUUUCAAAUUAUCAUUUGAAAAUAUAUCAUUUGAAAUCUCAGAACAUGUAUGUCUUAUAAUUAAUUGCCUUCUUGCUGUUUAUGGAGUCAUAAAAAAUAUCAUGCUACCAGGAUUUGCCUGAGGGUCUUUCAAAAUCACCUUAUAUCAGUUUCAAUUCAUGUACGUCAUUAUUUGUAUUUUAAUGCUUAAAUGAGUAUGGAUUCAAUUACGUGUCAACAACUACUUACUGGAGUGAAAAUCUAAGAUAUAUAUGCUCUUGACUUGAGGACAUAUCAGUUUAUUAUUGACCAAUCAGAAUGAGGUUUUCUAUUCAUUGACUUAUAUAUUAUUGACCAAUCAGAAUGAAGAUUUCUAUUCAUUGAUUAUUGACCAAACAGAAUGGUGUUUUCUCUUCAUUGACUUAAUGACCAAUUAGAAUGAUGCUUUUAUUUGUUGACAUAUUGACCAAUCAGAAUGAUGCUUUCUCUUUAAUAUAUCUUAUUGACCAAUCAGAAUGAUGCUCACAGAAGCUGAUGAAAAUAAUAUGGUAUUGACAAUUGCUAUUUUAAUUCCCACAAUUUCAAAUGCAGUUAUGUUUUCAGCAUAUAUUGUAUAUAUGAUGUAAAUAGAAAAUGUCUUUUUAGAUAACAAGUUUCUCUGUGUUGAAUUCACAAUAUAUAUUCCAAUUUUUCAUUACAUACCUUAAUUCAAUUUCACAAACAUAUAUCUGUUUCUAUCAUGUACUAAUGAGAAGUCAGUGGGAUCUUGGAACCUGUAGCUGGAUACUUAACCACUCAUGCUGGCAUUUCAUUUUGAGAUCAUGAGUUUAUGUACAAUACAUUGAAAUAUUAAAAACAGAACGUUUAUUGGCAAACAGAUUGCUUAUUAAAAAAAGCUUUAUGUAUAUAUAGGAAUAAUUACUACCUGUGGAUUUCUGUGAUUUGAGAGGAUUAUGUAUAAUUUUUAGCUGAGUUUUGAUUUGUAUGUAUGUGGAGGGGAUUAAUUAUGUCACAGUGUAUAGUAUCUAAAAUAACUUGAUUAAUCUUUCGAGCAGAAUGAGCAUUUAUAUGAUACAUUACUUUACCAAACCUGGUAACUCAACACAUUCCCACUAGAGAGUUUAGAGGUCCUAACCUUGGGAAUGGGAGAUUUGUUAGGGGACAUUUUAGAAAAGAUUAGUCUGUGUCACUGCUAACCUUGUAAGCAAUGGGAUAUUUGUUAGGGGACACUAGUCUGUCUCACUGCUAACCUUGUAAGCUAUAUAUAUAUGUUUCCUAAUUAAACAUAAUAGGCCCUCGGCGAAUUAAUUAUCGGCCGAGGGGGAUCGUUUUUACAACAUUACGAUAUU